CAGUGUAUGACUUCUGUUUAAAGGAAUUUCCCCGUUUUCAGUUACUCUAAUGUGGGGUGCAGGGUUGUUCCAUGUGCUAACAGCCUCCUCCCUACUACAAAACCUUGCAGUGUUUGGUCUGAAAAGAGAACUGCUGCCGCUCAUCCUGCCGACAGAUCUUUAUGUGAGGAGUUCCUCUUUUCGGUGAAAAAACCCAACAUCCUUCACAGGAAAUGACAAACCAAGAUUUUCUAUUGUCUCUAUUCCUUUCUUUCUUAGCCAUGGUCAAAGCAGAAGAAACAGAUUCAUGCUACCGGAUAGCUACUGGAACGCUCGCAGGUGUGGUUUUUGGUGACGUUGCACUUACAAUACUGAUUGUCUCUGCUACGUAUUACUGUGCUAGUAAGCGCAGAAUCAAGAAGGAAAAGGCUGAUAAAGUCUACAUGAAUGUCAGAGCCAACUGCAAGAACUGAAAGAAUUUAAGAGGAUGAAGAGCUGGCAGUAACAAAGUUAUAAGUUAUAUUCAUCUAUCUAAGCACUUGACAUCUUGUACUUCUGGACACUCCUGGAAGGUUGCAGGUCUGGAAUAUGGUGGUUCUGGGGCAGGUUCGGGGGAACAGGUUCCCACACGUUUUAUUUUCCUUGUCGGUCAACUUGCACCUUUUCUUCUCCAUAGGUUUUUGUGACCCGGUUGCGUAUUCAUGACAAAGUGUUUACCUGUCCAUUUUCCUGAGCUAAAGAGGCUGUCUAAUAAGUUUACACAUCUUAUACAUGGUGUAAAUCACUUUAAGCUACAACUUUUACAAAAACUCCUUUGUUUCUUUUUUGUUCAUUUGUGUCAUGUGAAUAAUUUUAAAUUCAUAAAUAAAUGUAUUUUAAUCCA